GCCUUCUGGUGUAAGUGGCAGGAUUUGGACUCACUGAGGAACUGUAGAAGAGAGAUAUUUACCACCUUGAAUUCAUUUGAGGCACCAUGAGUAAAGACACUGAAAUGAAGGAAGUGGAGCUGAAUGAGCUGGAGCAGGAGAAACAGUCAAUGAACACAGACACGGAGAAGAACGGCUGUGUAAAAGUGAAGUUGCCGGAGGAAAAAGAGGUCAAGUUCACCGGCCUGACUAAAGAAGAGCUAAUGAGAGUAGCAGGCACUACAGGAUGGGUACGGACUCGCUGGGUAUUGUUGGUUCUGUUCUGGCUCGGCUGGGUUGGUAUGCUGGCCGGGGCAGUGGUCAUCAUUGUUCAGGCUCCACGGUGUAAACCCAUCCCUGAAAUGCACUGGUGGAACGAGGGGCCACUCUACCAGAUAUCUGAUGUGAACAGCUUCUCUGACGGCAUUAAAGGAAUAGAAAACAAGCUGGACAGUCUGAACCAGCUGAAGGUGAAAGGGUUGAUCCUGGGCCCAGUGCACACUGUUCAGGCAGACCAAAUAAGUACACUGAAUUUGAAAGAAAUUGACCCUGAGGUGGGCAGUGAGAAGGACCUGGACAGCCUGCUAGAAAGAGCCCACAAGAAGGGUAUCUCCAUAGUACUGGAUCUGACACCCAACUAUAAGGCAGCUAAAGCUUGGUUUGGCAAUAUUGAUUUUGCUUCUGACAAACUUAUGGAGGCUUGUGCCUACUGGCUCCAAAAAGGAGUGGAUGGCUUUCUCUUUUCUGAUGUAAGCCAUGUUGCUUUUACUGAUACUUGGCAGUCCAUCCAGAAUGUUGUUCAUUCCAACACCAGAGAAGGGACUAAAAAAAUUGCUCUGAUAGUUUCAGUCACCAAGCAGCCUUCAGAAUAUGUCUCUCAGCUGCUGGAGAGAGUUGAUCUGUUGCUAACCAGACUGUCAGGUAUUGAUCUGUCUGGGGUUCAGCAAGCUGAGGUCAUGGCCAAGCUCUACUCCAACCACUCCAGCCUUGCCUGGAGCCUGAAUAAAAACACUUCAGAUUUGCCCACGAGCUUCUACCAUAUGCUGCUCUUCACCCUGCCUGGUACUCCAGUGUUCAAUAGAGGAGAUGAGGUUGGACUAAAGGAGGGGGAAUCUCUUACUGAAAUUUGGGACUUGGAAAAUCCAGCUGAGGAGAACAACGAAACAGCAAAGACUAUAAGAGCAGAACGCAGCGCAGUGCGAAGCUUCUUUAAGUCUCUCAGUGACCUUAGAGGUAAAGAAAGAGCUUUGCUGCAUGGUGAAUACACCACUCUACACAGCUCAAGUUCCUCAUUUGCAUUCCUCCGCCUGUGGGAUCAGAGUGAACGCUUCAUUACCGCCAUAAACUGGGGCAAUUCCCCUGUCACAAUAAUAAUGACCGACGGAGAUCUGCCUGCUGAGGCCCGUGUCCGUCUCAGUACAGAUACAGAGAAGCUAGCUGUGGACAGCAUGGUGCCUUUGGAUAAACUGCAGCUAGAAGCCAAACAAGCUGUUUUAUUGUCUUAUCCUUAUGCAGGAUAAAAUAUUAAGCAAAACUACACAUUAAAAAAAUAAGACAGUGCUCCUUUUCAGAAUAGAAAGUUCAUGUUAAACAAAGUCUGUUUGUUUUUACGUCACUCAUUAUGCUUGUUUUAGUUUUGAAAUAUGGAAGAAUGCGAUGUCUAUUAUAGAAAUUAGUUUCCUACAAAAAGUUGUAUUUGUUUUCUUAUACUAAUAUGUAAUGGAAGCCCUCAAGCAGUAUCAUUACAUCUGGGUAGGACAUUCUAUAUUUGUGUGUGUGUGUGUGUGUAUGUACACAAUGAAAAAGUAAAUGGCAGAAAAAUAAACACUGCUUAUGAUACA